GCAUGCUUCCACAUCGUGAACACCUCCUGCUGCCUGAGGAUUAGAGCUCACACUCCAAUCUGCGCUCAACUUCAGCGGCUGUGAAAACCUCGUUCGGACUCGGACUCGGCACCAGAGUGUUUCCUCCCAAGUUCCCGCUGUGCAAGAAGCAGACGCGUGCAUGGUUAUGUUUGAGAAGGAGUCAGCACAGACACGGGAAUCCAGCGCCACCGCCAUGCCUUCCAACAAAUACUCUGCUGCUAUCAUGGAGAAGAGCAACAACAUGACGGCCACAGCAGCGGUGAACGGGGACACGCCUCCAGCUGAGGGCCUGUCCGAGAAUGACAGCGGAGUGGAACUGACCAAUGAGAACAGCCCCCUGACUGCGGCCGAGCCGCCUUCACCCUUCAGCCCCAAACAGAACGGAGACGCUGCCUCGCCUCAGGAUGGUAACCAGUGCUCGAGGGGAAGCAGGAAGAGGAGCAGGAAGAGACGCGAGGACGAGGAAAGCACCUGGGACUCGGACAAGUCUUCAGGAGCGUCUCAGGGCUUGAGACAGACGCCUCGACCCAGAACCAUCUUCCAGGCCGGCCUGACGCCGCACGCACACGGCAAGCCUCGCAGACAGAGCCGCAAACAGGAGCACGGCACGUCUCGGUGUCCCGGGAAUCCUCGGGCACCUGCGGUCGGGUCCGGCGGGGUCCCGGAGACCCCUCGACUGGAGCUCAUGGAACAAGACUCCAAAGACUCGGCCCAGAGCACCAGCACCUUGUCCAGCUCCGAAACCAAGCAGGAGUACAGCGACAACAAGGGCUUCGGGAUUGGCGAACUGGUCUGGGGGAAGAUCAAAGGCUUCUCGUGGUGGCCGGGGAUCGUGGUGACGUGGCGAGCCACCGGCAAGCGGCAGGCCAGCCACGGCAUGAGGUGGCUGCAGUGGUUUGGGGACGGGAAGUUCUCUGAGGUUUCUGCAGACAAGCUGGACUCCCUCACCGCCUUCCCCAAGUUCUUCAGCCAGGCUUCCUACACCAAGCUGGCCUCGUACCGCAGGGCGGUGUUCCAGGCGCUGGAGAUGGCGAGCAUCCGAGCAGAGAAAACGUUUCCUCCCUGCAAGUCGAAUAGCCCAGAGGACCAGGUCAAACCCAUGCUGGACUGGGCCAAUGGGGGCUUCCUGCCCAAAGGAGAGGAAGGACUGAAACCCACACACAGUGCCAACAGUAACCCUCUGGAGCACCACGUCCUCGACGUGUCCCUGUGCGAGUACUUCCCCAGCGCAAAGCGGCCCAAACUCAGCCUGUGUAAGAGCAAGGCCGCCCCCGAGGAGCUGUGCAACAGAGAACAAAUGGUGAAUGAAGUUCUGAAGAAUAAAAGAAGUAUCGAAGAGUUUUGUCUCUCUUGUGGGAAGACGAGUGCAACCUUCCACCCGCUGUUUGAAGGAGGCUUGUGCCCAACAUGCAAGGACGUGUACCUGGAGAUGUCCUACAUGUACGACGACGACGGUUACCAGUCUUACUGCACCGUUUGCUGCGGCGGUCGAGAGGUUCUGCUCUGCGGCAACGUGAACUGCUGCAGGUGUUUCUGCGUGGACUGUCUGGACAUCCUGGUGGACCCGGGUGCGUCCGACCAGGCGCGCUAUCUAGACCCGUGGCGAUGCUACAUGUGCCAGCCGCUGCUGCGGUACGGCGUCCUCAAACGACGGCACGACUGGAGCCUCAAGCUGCAGGAGUUCUUCGCCAACGAUAACGGACAGGAGUUUGAGAAGCCAAAGAUUUACCCAGCAGUCCCUGCAGAGCAGAGACGACCAAUCAGAGUGCUGUCCCUGUUUGACGGCAUUGCCACAGGCUACCUGGUCCUGAGAGAUCUGGGUUUUAAGGUGGGUCAGUAUGUGGCAUCGGAGGUGUGCGAGGACUCCAUCUCAGUGGGCGUCGUCAGGCAUGAAGGAAAGAUCAAGUACGUCCACGAUGUGAGGAACAUCACCAAGAAAAAUAUUCAGGAGUGGGGUCCGUUUGACCUGGUGAUCGGAGGAAGUCCCUGCAACGACCUCUCCAUCGUCAAUCCUGCCAGGAAGGGCCUGUACGAAGGCACGGGCAGGUUGUUCUUCGAGUUUUAUCGACUUCUGAGCGAAGCCAAGCCCAAGGACGGCGAGAACCGCCCAUUUUUCUGGAUGUUUGAGAACGUGGUCGCCAUGGCCAUUAACGACAAGAGGGACAUCUCGCGGUUCCUGGAGUGUAACCCUGUGAUGAUUGAUGCCAUCGAGGUCUCUGCUGCUCACCGCGCUCGAUACUUCUGGGGAAACCUGCCGGGGAUGAACAGGCCCCUGUGCGCCUCAGGGAUGGACAAGCUACAGCUGCAGGACUGUCUGGAUCACGGCCGAGUGGCAAAGUUUGGAAAGGUGCGCACCAUCACUACUCGCUCCAACUCCAUCAAACAGGGGAAAGACCAGCACUUCCCCGUGCUGAUGAACGGGAAGGAGGACAUCCUGUGGUGCACCGAGCUGGAGAGGAUUUUUGGUUUCCCCGUCCACUACACUGACGUGUCCAACAUGGGUCGCGGCGCCCGGCAGAAGCUCCUGGGCCGGUCUUGGAGCGUCCCCGUCAUCAGGCAUCUGUUCGCUCCGCUCAAAGACUACUUUGCCUGUGAAUAAGAAGAAAGCCGCCAUCACCAGCAAACACACACACACCAGCUUUUUUAUCAAGAACCGUCAGCAGCCAGCCGUUUCCUCCCCUCCGUCGGACAUUUUGGAAGGCAAAUGGCCGGUUUGACAAAACGUCAGCGUGGCGGGGAAACGGUUCGAGAUGCUGCCUGGAUUCUGCCUUAGAUCCACAUAACACACACUAACACAGAUUCACAGCUUAGAGAAAGACGUCGGCUGCCCUGGAAACAGAGGGGGCGGAGUCUAGUCAGGUGAGCAAAGGUGAGAUGGGUAAGGAGGCCAGUAGGGCGAUUCGCCAUUCAUCGGGGAGUUAAAAGGGAACGAUGACACCCAUGCCUUUGCUUUGUUAACAUUAGGACUGUAGCGUGACUUUAAUAGGAUUUUAGCUUCAUUUAAACGCUCUUGGAAGGCAUCGUUUUUAAGAUAACACCUAGAAGUUUUAGAAGAUGGAGAACGGCGUAGUAGCGAGCUUUCAAUCUCAAACAAAAACACUUUAAAAGUGACUUGAACCAAAGGCGGAGCUGACGUCCUGUUCCUGUUUUACCCGCCGAGGUCAGUCCGCCGUAAUGAUGCUGUGGCUUCUGGUCCAAACUUUGUGAGUGCACUCGACAGUAAAACUGCUGCAGGAUGUUUUUAAAGGACCAAACUAAGAAACCCUCAUUGGGGAAGUUGAUCGGUAUAAGCUACUGACCUGAAGCUAACCUGGAAACAUGAGACGGGAUUUAGCUUUAUAUUUAGAUCACUUUAUAUUGAUAGACUUUGUUGAUUUUAGGAAAUAAAAGUACUUUUGUUUACUCCUUUUUAUAUUAGCACACUAGUUUCAAGUGGCUGUAUUUUACUUUUUCGUUGUUCCUCUGACUUUCAGUCUGUUCAAGGGUUUUUGCAUGUUAAAGGUUUGCAAAGUCGAACCCAAAGAAAACACUGCUGCUGAACUGCCUCACACGCCAGUCCAGACUUUUCUCUGUCACCACGUAACUCGCUGGUGUGACAGCCGUUAAACCGGUGCGUAGUCAGGAACGCUCAAAUAAACAGAGCAGACUGUGCUUGUCAGGAAGGAGAGAGCCUUAAAAACAAGCGUUUAGGUCAAAGGUUGAACAGGUGUAUAAAGAAAUGCGUUUUAUUUUGAGUUUGUAGCGAGCGUGAUGUGGGCGCGCUCAGGAUGUUGUCACGGCGAUCUCUUCAGUAUCUCUUUGGAUACUUGAAACAAGCUGAUGCAGAAAGACAAAAACUGAAAGGCAGGGAGGGGCUCAUCUUCUGUUAAUGUCUGCAGACAGCUGAUGAAUGCAGUCAUGACGUUUGUGCUACUGUAGAUGUUUUGUUACUGUAACAGGCAGAUGCCAUUUUAUUAGAAUCCAGGAAAGGCUGCGAGUCUCUGAGCGUUAGUGUGCGGCCUCACAGCUCUUCCUAUUCCACCGAGAGGGAGAAACACUGGUGACCACGCCUCGGCUGUGAAAGGUCACAACUGCUGUUCAUCGACGAUGUUUCCAGAAAACGUAACGAGAAACCAUCUCGCGGUGCUGUUUCCUGGUCUGUGUGGAGAACGUGUGUUUUAGAGUCCUUAGCGCUCUCUGUUGCUGCCCUUCUGAUAAGGACGUUUCAGCCAAAUCCGUGUUUCUGAGAUGAUGUGAACUCUCGUGACUACUUUAUUCUAGAUCGUCGAUUUCCCAAAAGAAGUUCCACGCCACUGCGACGCAGGUGAAGCGUGUUUCAGCGCGGCCCCCACACAGCGCCAUCUAUGGGUAGCAGUCCUGAAACACUUGUUGGUUUUUUGUUAACUGGAACACUUUGAAAUGCUGUUUUAAGGCCGUCACCAAACCAAAGUGAACGGGUAUUACCUCCUACACCAUCACGUCUGUGAGCACAUGCUGUAGCCGUCUGCUCUCUGUAUAAACAGCUUCUAUUUUAUCACUGGAACUUUGGUUUUUUUCAGUGUUCAUGUGUACUGUAUCGAUAGAAAGGUUUACAAGUGUUUUAACUCACAUUUGACUAAGAACUGCAUCUUAUUUUGAAAAAUGCACAAGUCUUUGUAAAGACCCUUUUUGACUUUCAGGCUCUUUUACAGAUGUGGUGCUUCAAAAGUCACUUCAAGUGCCGCCAGGAUCUUUUUCCUGAGUUGAACGGCCUUUCACAAACCAAAAGCUUCAUGUUUACAUGCUUCAUUAAUAACUGCUGAACUCGUUGAAUGUUUUUGCUGGAAAACAAAAAAAAAGGUUUUUUUAAACAUUUUAUAUGAUAGUUUAUAUUAACACAGUAUAAAGCUCGCUUUCUAAUGUUCUAGUGCAGAGUAGCUCGUAUUAAUAAGAAGUUAUUGAUGUUUUUUUUAUGAAAAGUGAGGACGCCUGUGUGUGACCUAUAAUCCCAUUGAAAUUUUUUCUUUUACCUUUUUAUAAAUCUUCUAUGAAAAAGCCAAAAAAAAAACAUUUUUACACUUUAUUUUAUUAGAGGAAAACAUUGCUGUAUUUUUGUGUACUUUCUAUUGCAGCAUAUAUAAUUUUUACUCAAUAAAAUGCAGAAA